AUGUCAAACCAAAAUCAAAAUGGUGGAGAAAUGGGAGGUGGAUUCACAGAAGAUGAAGCUAACAAGAAGAGACUAAGAAAGGAAAAUGGAAAAAUGGAAAUCAAUGAAGCAGUUGAAACAGCGAAACGUUUGAUUAUUCAGAAUAGAGUGGAGGAAGCGAAUCGUCUAGUUUAUGAUAAAAUGACUGAUAUGAUAAAGAAUAAGAUCUUUGGAGAGAAUUCAAUAGAACUUCUACCAGCUUAUUUUGUGUUAGCAGAAGCAAAUAUCUGUAUGGGUAGUAGUAGACUUAAGAAAGCAGAAGAAUUCUUGAUCGCAGCCUAUUGGAACUUAUUGAAAUAUACUUCUGAUGAGAAUGAAAAAGGAGGCGAUACCAAAGGUUAGGAGGAUGUACUUGUAACAAAGGAUGAGAUUGAAAGAUAUAGAGCAAGUCUACACAAAACAUUCGGAAGACUCUUCUUGACUUAAAACAGACAAGGAGCAUCUAAGCAAGCUCUUGAAGAGCUAUCAAAGGGAAUUUAUCUCGAGUGCUAAUUCCAUGGUCCGGAAAGCAUUUAUCUUUGCAGUAGUUAUUACUACAUGGGAGAACUUUUUAAAAAAGAAGGAUAGGUUUAAAAAGCAAAGAAUUUCUACUUAAAGAUCAUACAAAUCUGGAAAAAAUUCAUCACAGAGAAAGAUUUAGGUUCAAUCUAAGACUACAACUACUCUUAAAUAGAUAGAAUUCAUUACGAGGAAGCUAGUGAGCACCUAAAGCAGAUUUAAGUGUUUUUUGAGAUAGAGUUUGGACCAUAAGACGUUUUAACUGCUGAGUGCAUGUUCACUUUCGGCCUUGUCUUGUUUAAGAAUGAAAAUAAAGAAGCAAGUAUUGAUAUCAUGACAAAAGCUCAUAUUAUCUUCUCAAAUGUACUCGGAGAGUUCGAUAGAAAGACUAAAGAGGUCGAAUAGAAUAUAAGAAAGAUUCAAAAUAUGUAUGGUGGAGGAAAUCAUCACUGA